AUGUUGAGGAACUCCUACCAAAAUGACAAACCAAGCUGUGUUAAUAUAAAAGUUAUUGUUCGUUGCAGACCGCUAAAUGAAAAGGAGAAAAAUGAUAUACACAACGAGGAGGUCGUUAAAAUAAAGGACAAUGAAGUAAUUUUAACUCUGAACAGGAACAACGAGAUUUAUGAAAAGAAGUACAGCUUCGACUAUGCCUGUGACAAGGAUGUGGAUCAAAGAACCUUGUUUAAUAAUUAUGUCUUUCGUAUAGUCGAUGAGGUCCUCGAAGGAUUCAACUGCACGCUGUUCUGUUACGGCCAGACCGGCACAGGCAAAACGUACACCAUGGAAGGCAAGAUUUUAGAACACCUGAAACAUAACGAGAAUAAAAAAAUCGACCUGAAUGAUAGCAUUAACAGCGACAUAAACUACUACUACGAAUUGUGUGACAGUGACGACACGGGGAUCAUUUUCCGCGUGGCGAAGAGAAUAUUUGACAUUUUGAAUCGCAGAAAGGAGUAUAAGUCUACCAGGUUGGUAGGGGGGGAGGAGGAGGAGGAGCUUGCGUGGCGGCGCAAUAGUUGCACGAGCGAUGUGGAUGAAAUGUGCGCGGGAGUAGCAUCCCACGCGGGAGUGACACGUUUAGGGGGAAGUGUUCUUCAUGAGCGGAGCGAGGCGUCCCCGCCCAAGGGCCUGUCGAGGGGUGGGUCGCCAAACAAAAGCGAACAGUUCAAACCCCCGGAGGAAAAAGAGGAAGGGAGCAGCGCAGGAGAUAUAUACAGCGUAGAAAAGAGCUCCUACGAUUUUGUUAUAAAAGUGAGUUACCUAGAAAUUUACAAUGAAGAAUUGUGUGACUUGCUGAGUACCUCGAGUGAGUCUAACAAAUUAAAAAUUUAUGAAGACACGACAAACAAAAACAAAGGAUUAAAUGUGGAUAAGUUGGAGGAGAAGUGUAUAAAUUCGUUUGAAGAAAUUUAUUACUUAAUCUGUUCAGCUAUAAAAAAAAGAAGAACUGCUGAAACGGCUUACAAUAAAAAGUCUAGCAGGAGCCAUUCCAUUUUUACCAUCACCUUGAUCAUGAAGGAUCUGAACAAUGAUGGAGAGAGCAUUACCAAAAUAGGAAAAUUGAAUUUAGUCGAUUUGGCUGGAAGCGAAAAUGCAUUGAAGAGCUCGUAUGGUAAUUUAAAAGUUAGACAGCAGGAGAGUUGUAACAUCAAUCAGUCGCUCUUAACUUUGGGUCGAGUGAUUAAUGCUCUAAUUGAAAACUCGUCGUACGUCCCGUACAGGGAUUCUAAAUUGACUCGAUUACUUCAAGACUCUCUAGGAGGGAAGACGAAAACUUUCAUCGUGGCUACCAUUUCUCCAUCCUCCCUCUGCAUUGAUGAAACGCUAAGCACACUAGAUUAUGUGUUUCGAGCUAAGAAUAUUAAAAACAGACCAGAAAUUAAUGUCAAGACAACUAAGCAAUUAAAAAUAAAAGACUUAAAUAAUGAAAUUGAAAAAUUAAAAAAUGCACUCAAUUUAAGUCGAGAAAAACGAGGAGUCUACCUCGACAAUGAGGAAUACAAUAAUAUACAAAACAGUUUAAAAAAAAAUAAAGAAAUUUUAUUACAAAAGGAAAAGAUCCUGUUUGAGAAAAGUAAAAAAAUUAAAACUCUUUUGAAUAAAAUGGACUACACAGAUGAUGUGCAAAAUCAGAUUGUGCAUUUGUUGAAGGAUGUUCUUUCUAAAUGUAGGAACAUCCAAUUGGUUCAUGACGUCUUGGUAAACAAGCUGUCUGAGGAGAAAUGCGUCACGAGGUUCCUCCUAUCACAGUUCCACCAAGCAGAGGGCCAGUACGAGCACCACGUCAAUCUACUCUCCCAGGCGCAGAAGGAGAUGUGUGCAUUAUUUCGAGAAACGGUUUCUAACUUUAGGAAGAGGAAGAAUCAGGAUUACUCCACGCUGAACGACAUUUGCAACCUCAUUUUGAGCGUGCUUGGGAAGGCCAAGGGUGACAUGGAGGAAGGGAAUGAGGCCAUUAUGAAAUGUGUGGACGAUGUGGAAAAAUUGAACAGAGACAUCGUCCUGCGGGAAAACAACCUCCUCACUUUUGUCAUGGACAGGGUAGACGCUAUGGAGAAACAUGACCAGAAUUAUUUUCUCCAGUUAGGGGAACUCACGCGGGAGAUCCUAUCCUGCAGGGUGGACCUGGCUGAUGUCACAGACCCGCGAUGCAGUGACCCCUUUUCCAAUGAGAGGAGUGAUUGGACAGAGUCGGCGGACCCAUCGGAGAGGACUCCCCAGAAGAACCUCCACAACACAGGAGCAAUGCUGAUUGCCCUGCGUGAUCUAGCGCAGAGUGAUGAAGCGCGGCAGAUGCUAAGCCAAGUAGAGAGCUAUCACUCCACGGAAGAGAGAACAGUCGAAGAGACCAUCGAGCACAUGAAAAACGUAAGCCAAUUACUCCAUUUAUAUUUAACUAGUGCAUUUGAAAAGUUAAAAAAAGAAAUGAAAAAAAGAAUAGAAACACUAAAUGAAGAGAGGGAAAAAUUAACCAAGUUGGUAGAACAGCUACGAAGUGAUUAUGAAUCCUUCGAGUCCAAUUUAAAUAAACGUAAGGCCAAAAUUGUGGAGACGUACAGACAAAGCAUAAGGGAAGAUAUGAACCUUUUUCAAAGUCGAGUAAUGGAGGAGAUCAAAACAGUGAUUCAAAAAAAUGUAAGCGAAAUGAAUGACACAGUGGAGAGGAAGCUACAUGCAUUGUCUAACCAGUUGCACGAUGAGGCUAAAAAUAAAUUUAACAAAAUCAUUACCCACUCGGUAAGUACUCUUGAGGAAUUUUUUGUAAAUCACCAAGAGCGAUGUGGUGGGUAUAAUCAGGAUUGUCUCCAGUCCACUGACCUGGUUGAAGAAAAAGUAAAUUCUUAUUAUAAAAAUUUAGGUUGUGUCUUCACACAUGUUGAUAAUAAAUUUGUUACUGAGCAAAGGAAAAUGGAGAGGACCGUUCAAAAUGUUAAAGACGUGUUCAGAUACAUUAUUGAGGGGAAGAAUGACUCUAUUAUGAAGAUAGCAAGCCGCAUGGAGGACAUUACAUCGAAUAAGAAGAAAGAGAAAGAGGUGCUCUACAAAGAACUCUCGAGAGCAGUUUUGCAGGAAAGGGAUGAACUUGAUGUUACGAAGAAGAAGGUUAAGCAAUUGGCGGUGAGACACAUGGAAGAGGUUAACCUGUGUAAUGGAAACUAUGGCGAACACCUCAAUAAAUGUGAUUCAUAUGUGGAAGAACUGCUACAACGAUUUCGCGAAAAUGAAGAUAACCAAAAUGAUGAGUGUGUGGAGUUUCCCAUUGGGGAUACCCCCGUCGUCCAGCAUGAAGGGAAAGAUAUUAACGCUGAAAUUGAAAAGGUGCGCUGCUAUGCUAAUGAGAGCUUCUCCCACAUGGGUGAGGACAAUAUGCAUGGCGUAGAUCCCCCCGAUAAUACGUGUGGGACAACCGACUUACCGCCUCCAUGUCUUCACCCCUACGCCGAUUUGCAUUACGACCACGUGAGGGAAGAGGUCCUCAAAGAAAUUGAAGACGUGUCUGUUGAGAAAAAUAUAAAUUUUAAGUGCCUGUUGGAUAAAAUGGAUGAAAAUUUAAACCUGAUCCUGAAUGAAAAGAAUUUUGCUCGACAUCGAGGUGGGAGUAUGGACCUAUCAAGGGGGGACAACAUUGGGGGGGGUAUCAUCAUACCACUUACUGCCUCUCGUCCUACUACCCUUCCAGUAGUACCACCACCCCCUUCCCUUUCAUCCCCUCAUGUGAGUGACUUCCCCCCUACAACCGGCCAUGGUAACUGCACUCCGUCGGCACCACAUGGCAACGUCAUAAGGAAAGGCAUAACCCAUGAACAGAAUCAGAAGAAAGCAAGUGGCUUCUUUCCCACACCUGAUGCAGAACCAGAUUUGGAGAAUGGAAGUUCGAAACUUUUUUCAGAUUGCAGCAGGAAGAGGAACAAAAGCAUAGAAGCUGUGCAGGGGCGGAAAUUGUACCUGACGUCCAAUGAAUUGAGAAACCCCAGUGCGAAAAUAAAGGCGCUGGGAAAUAGCGGGGGGUCUAGAAAAAAUUCUCCCGCUCCUAAGAAAAUGAAGGAGGACGCUUACAAAGGCAGGGGCACCAAGUUCCUUCGCAAGUCCGAGAAUUAG